ACUUCAAACAUACUCACUCAAGUAUAUAUAUAUAUAUAUAAAUAGAAGGACAAUCACGACAGUGUUGUCGUUGUUAUUGUUAGAGUAUAGGGGUGAAGUUAAUUAUGUCAUUCUCUGCAGUGACGGUUAAAUCUGGUGGUGUCCCAUUAUUUGGUUCUCUUACCCUUAAUUCUGACCUUCCUGCAUACCCGAUCAUCCUCUGCACUCACCACGCUUCAUUUCCUAGUCAACGCGUCUCCAACUUCUCUCUAUUUAAGAGUCGCAGGACUUUGGUCCAUGAUCCUCGCAAGUGGAUGCAUUCAAGGAGCGACGACGAGGACGACGAAAACGAUGAGGAUCGGAGUCUGGAUCUACUGGUGAGGUUCGUUCAGAAUGUCUUCAAGAAGGUGUCAAAGAGAACAAGGAAAGCAGUUCGAUCCGUUCUCCCUUUCCCCAUCUCCACCCAUUUGGUCGGGUUUUCUGUGAAUGGGACGCUGUUGCUGACCUUCCUGUGGAUUUUGAAGGCGUUUCUUCAGGUGUUAUGCACGCUUGGAAGUGUAGUGUUUGUAAGCAUCUUAUUAAUCCGUGGGAUAUGGUCUGGUGUUAGCUUUUUGCAAGAAAACCGACUCCAAAAAAUGGAUCAACUACAUAUGCGCAAUGCUUGGAAUAAUGGUGCACAGCCCGUGACUUGAACAGUUCAUCUACUCAUUUUGACAUGCACAAACAAUUCACAAAUAAGACUUUUUGCUACUCCUUAUCAAGACGGGAAGUCGAACUAUGGAAAUAAUACCGGAGAAAACUUUACACUGCUACUGGAAGCUUACGUUACUGCAAUUCUUAUUUGGCAAAGAAUAAAGAACACAGGAUGCUGCUGCGCAAGAUUCCUUUUGAAAUACUUGUCACUCGCUAACUUUAUGAGCCCAUUCAUGAUUCAUAUAUUCACUGUUGUCAUAUUAUAGCUGAUAUUGACUUACAGUUUAAUUCUAUGUAAACCAUAUCACUAUUUGAUGCAUGUUAUGAAAUUGUUAGUGGUUAAAUGGUUUAAUAGGCACCUGGAAGGAGUUAGUUUUUCAGAUUAAUUAGCUGUUAUGUAGUAAGAUAACUGUUACUGUUUGAACAUCUUUUUAAUAAUUGAUCUCAUUUAGUUCGUGAUU